CAAUACAUCCCGCCUAGAGACGGGAAUGGAAAGUAGUAACCCGGCCGCCCGCGUCCUCCGUUCCCCAGUCUUCUUCACGCCGGCUCUAUAGAAAGCAGCAAAGCAACAGAGCGCCCCCAUCGAUCCAUUUUUUCACCCUCCUCCCCUCACGCGCUCCAUCGACGAACCUAGCACGAAUCUCGUCCCAUGGACGCAGCUGGCGCCGGCUCCUCCUCCAAGCCUACCCCCACCAGGCCUCGUCUCGCUGUGCGCAUUCGUGGGCGGCCUUCAUCAAUCCUGUCGCGGGCAGACCCCGCUGAAUGGCGGUCCCGUCCCGCAGUAUCAUGGACCGUGGAGAACAUCUAUGAGGACUUCUCUGGCCGCCGCAGGGCGCUCGUCGGAGCCCUCACCCAAGAUCAGGAAAAAUUAUAUGAUUUAUUGUGCGAGGAAGGUAAGGAGCGAAUGUGCUUGUACGGGUACCCGGACGGGAAAUGGAGUUUGACGCUGCCUGAGAAGAUGCUGCCGCCGGGCCUGCCAGAGCCGAAACUAGGCAUCAACCCCAGGCCAGAAUAUAUGAACCGUUAUGACUACCUGUCAUACGUCGUCCGCCACUCCGACUCGUGGCUCAUGGGCGUCGCCUUAUUCUUGACUACUCUUCUCGACGCCAAACAAAAGAUGCGAUUAUUUGAUAUGGUGAACAAGAUAUCAACUGUCCAUGACGAAUUCUACCUCUCUUAUGGUACUUCUUGGAUAUUGACAUUUGCACCACCAUCUCGAGACAUAGCGCCCAAUGUAUACAAUCCAAACAGGGAUUCGAGCGCACCAGCUCAAGAGAACAUGUACAAUCCAGACGUAGACUCUAUCACACCUGCUGAAGUAAACAUGCUACCAUAUCAAGACUCGAUGCAAGGUUUGUCUGCUCCAAACAAGGGCUCUAGGAAGCCUGCUGAAGAGAAAGGAAAGGAUCAUGAAGCUACAGACUUUUGCGGAGUCUGUAGCGCUGCGUAUCAUGCAAAUGCCUUUUGGAUUUGCUGUGACAUAUGUGACCAGUGGUUCCAUGGCAAAUGUGUGAACAUAACUGCCUCUGAAUCAAAACAUCUCAAAGUAUUCAAAUGUCGUGACUGCAUCCUGGACGAGAUCGGAGAGUAGGAUACAAUACAUGCACCCUUCCUUUAUUGUAGGGUAUGCAAUCACCCUUUGUAUGAAAAAUGCGAAACUGCAAAGGUAGUGUGAGAGGCAUUGCAUUCUUUUUGCAUUUCAUUGGAGCCGGAUAUAAUUACAGAGUUCAUUUUACAAUGUUAACUGGAUAAUGCAAGACAUUUAGUUUUUUUUAAAGGAAAAGUAUGUUUUUCAUCGAAGAUGUAGCACUCACAUGUUGCACGAUUCAUGGU